AUGUCCUCCUCCACCUCGGGGACGAUGCACCGUGCCGUGGCCACACACCCUCAGGCAGCGGAGGACGUCGACUACAAGACCAACCCCUACGUCAAGCCACCCUACUCCUAUGCCAAGCUCAUCUGCAUGGCGAUGGAAGCCAGCAAUCAGCCUAAAAUCCUCCUCUCCGUCAUCUACAAGUGGAUCAGCGACAACUUCUGCUACUUCCGACACGCCGAUCCCACCUGGCAG